UGUUAUUUUCAGCUUUUGGACACUGAAAAGUUGCCAGUAUUUGCGGCAACAAAUCGAGUUUGCUUCCUGCUCUUCGAGAGCCUUCGCUCGGACCUAAAGUUCCAGCUCGAAGCGUAUUUUAUGAAGCUGAAAUCAAUUGUCACCAGCGAACAGAGUCGAAUCAGUUACGAGCAGAAAGAAAUGGCCCUGGAAAGUAUCGUACAGCUGUGGCGUAUUGCCGGCCUUGUUACCGAGCUCUAUCUCAACUACGAUUGUAAUUUGUACUGCUCCAACUUAUUCGAGGAUUUGACAAAGCUCCUGCUUGAAAACGCAUUUCCCGUGAUAGGCUUGCGUUCGAUUAAUCUAUUAUCACUGGAUGGCUUACUGACUGUCAUUGAUACUAUUGAUGAUAAUUGCGUGUAUAGACAAGCCGGUAUUCAACAGAAAAACACCUUAGCGACGUUAGCUACAACCUUUUUUCUUCAUUUUUUAAAAAGGCUAGCAUAUUAG